GCGGUACUGCAGGCGGAAGUUCUGCACCUGUUGAUGUGAAGUCUGUCUUCAAAACAUUCCUGCUGCGCGUAAAACCAGCCACACCUGGAGACUCCUGCAAACAUCGAGGGAUUUAACUUCUCCUGGACUGAAACACGGGGUUGAUGGAUAAACUGAAGAAGGUUCUGAGCGGCCAGGACGAUGGCAGUGAUGGGAGCAACAUUCUGGAGAGAGCCAAUCAGGCGUCGACGCUGGCCUGGGGGACCAGGAUGAAGGGCUUCCUGAUCUGCUUCAUCCUGGGAGCCUUUAGCUCCAUCCUGGCCACGUGUCUGUUGUGGAUCCCGGGGUUCGGACUUCCGGUGUUCGCUGUCCUGUACAGCGCCGGGAACCUCUGCGCGCUGGCCAGUACCUCGUUCCUGAUUGGUCCGUGCCGCCAGCUGAAGACCAUGUGUGCCCCGGAGCGAGCCCUGGCCACCGCCAUCAUGCUGGUGUGCCUGGUGCUGACGCUGUGCUCUGCCUUCUGGUGGAAGAACAACGGCCUUGCGCUGCUCUUCUGCAUCCUCCAGUUCCUGGCCUUCACCUGGUACGGACUCUCCUACAUCCCGUUUGCCAGGGACGCCGUCAUGAAGAUGUUCUCCCUCUGCUUGUAGCGUUGCUGCCCCUCCCACCAACCAGCUAGCAGGACUAUCUUACGGGCCCUCGGCCCUCGUUACCGUGUCCGUUCACACGUUUCAACGUCGCGCCUUCAUUUCCACUUGAAUUCUUCUUCAGCGGCUUCAACAUUGAUUAAUUCUGGUUGUUUUUUUUAAUAUUUUUGAUCACGUUUUUAUCAGUUAAAUGAGUCUCACAGACGUGUUGCUCUGGACACAUCUGGAUGCAGAUGUUGGAAACAUUGUCAGUUUUAGGUCGUAGACGCCGUGUUUGUCAUGUUUAGCGUCGGUCAAAGGUCGUUUCAUGAAUCUCCGAAGGUCAAAACGCUCAAAUACUGUCCAACAUUUCACUCUUAAGCUCUGAAAAUCAAACCUCGUUCUGACGAGUUUUCUUUUACAUCUUUUACAUUUAAUUAAAUUAUUUCAAAAAUAAAAACGUAUAUAUUC